UUGUGCACUCUGACUGUCUGUCGUCUGUUGGUUAGCAAGUCCACCACCCAGUUGCACAGAGGUGACUUUAGACGGAGGCGUGGGAAUUUGUUCACCAAGUUAGACCUACAGUGAGAGAUUUACUGGAAGAAAAGCUCACAACUGGAAAGAAAUCACAACUAAAGAUGAGGGAAGAUCAACAAGUGAACCAGCCCGAGUACUGAGAGCAUCAACUGGAGAGAUCCCUUAGUUUCCAUUGAUUCAGUCAGGAGAAAGUUUGGUCACUGCCAGCAGGUGGAGCUUUCUGCCACCCAGACGGCAGACAAGAAGACGACAAUCAACCAACGUCAGUCAGAGUCAGAAUGGACACAAAUCUGAACUCCGCCAUCUCCGCCUUCCUGUCAAAUUGUGACGAUCACCAACUGUUUUGGUUGACGAGAUUCUACAUGGAGCGCCUGGAGCAGGCGAUUGAGGAGGGCGUGGAGGGAGUCAGCUUCAUGUUAAUGGGCGAGGAUCACUUCACCGGGCAGGAGUAUCACAGCGUGACUGAGCUCGCGGAGAAGGGAAACCGACCGGGCGCUUCCAAACUCCUCCUGGAUCUGGUGAUGGAGAAGGGCUCCGGGGCCCGGAAGGUGAUGUGGGAAUCCUUUGUGAAACUACAUCACCAUUUACCGAAGCUGAGCAGAAUAUUGAAUGAAAUACGGGAGCGAGGUGACGGCCAGUUCGCCUACAUGGACACUGAGCGGGAUUUCUCUGAAGUGCCCAAACAUCUGAAAGAUGUUCGAAGGAAACACAUGGAGACUCUGCGGGCACAAACUGAAACACUGAGAGUGAACACGAUCCUGAUGAGGGAAAAGGUGAAGGUUUUCCAGCUGGUUGAUCGAUACGCUGAGCUCACGGUCAUUUCUACUGUUCGAGAUCGGACACUGGUGGAACAUGAGCUGCUGGCAAGAGGCAGAGACCACGAGGAGUGGAGAGAAAAAGAUCUCCGUGACUUGGGCAAAAUGAACUGGGAGAUUCAGGAGUGAAACUGGUGUCUGCAGCUCUGAGGAACCCGGAGUGUAAAAUACAGAAAGUGUGGUAAGUACCAGACUGUGGGAGAUUGUGUUUACAGUCACUGGGUGUCUGACACUGAACAUUAAUGUGAUCAGCAGAAACAUAGAAAACAUACAGAACAAUACAGGCCCUUCGGCCCACAAAGCUGUGCUGAACAUGUUUCUACCUUAGAAUUACCUCGGUUUUACCCAUAGCCCUCUAUAUUUCUAAGCUCCAUGUAGCCAUCCUGGAGUUUAAAGUUUUCGCCUCCAGCAGCCCAUUCUUAAAACUAUGCCCUCUCGUGCUAGCCAUUUCAGCCCUGGGGAGAAGACUCUGACGAACCACACGAUCAAUGCCUCUCAUUAUCUUGUACACCUCUAUCAAAUCACCUCUCAUCCUCCGUCACUCCAAGAGAAAAGGCCGAGUUCACUCAACCUGCUCCCCAAUCCAGGCAACAUCCCUGUAAAUCUCCUCUGCACCCUGUCUGUGGUUUCCACAUUUCACAUCCUCCUCCUCGGAGAUUGCUACCCAUUCCUCUUCUACCUGUGGGAUCUCUUUUCCACAUCCCCCUUCCUCCUGUGGGAUCUUUCUUCCACAUCCCCCUUCCUCCUGUGGGAUCUCUCUUCCCCAUCCCCCUUCCUCC